CAGAGACACACACAGAGACAGAGAGAGACACAGAGACAAACAGAGACAGAGACACACACAGAGAGAGACAGAGAGACGAUGGGGAAAGACAAGAAGAAGAAGAGGAAGGCAACAGGAGGAGGGCAGAAGGCGAUCGACAAGAAUGUCGCCAAGAUGGAGAAGAAAGUGAGCAAGAAUUCGCGUCGUGACGAGGAGGACCUGGAGGCGCUGAUUUCCGAGCUGCGGGCCCUGGAUGCCAAGAAGACUCAAGUGGUGGACAACCCGUGCCCUGCCCCGUCUCCCAGGGUGAACGCUUCUCUCGUUGCCCAUCCGGAACGUGAGGAGCUGCUCCUCUUCGGCGGGGAAUACUUCAACGGGCAGAAGACGUUCCUCUACAACGACCUGUUCGUCUACAGCAUCCGCAAGAACGCGUGGAGCCACGUCCACAUCCCCAACCCUCCCCCUCGCCGCUGCGCGCACCAGGCGGUGGUGGUGCCACAGGGUGGUGGGCAGCUGUGGGUGUUUGGGGGCGAGUUUGCGUCGCCGGACGGAGAACGCUUCUACCACUACCGUGAUCUAUGGGUGCUCCACCUGGCACAGCGACGCUGGGAGGAGAUCAGGGCGCCUGGGGGUCCGUCUAAGCGGAGCGGCCACCGCAUGGCUGCCUUCAAGCGCCAACUCGUGCUGUUCGGAGGAUUCCACGAAUCGUCGCGGGACUACGUGUACUAUAACGACGUGCACGUGUUCGACUUGGACUCGCUCACCUGGCUCCGGCCGCUCGUCUCCGGCACUCCGCCGUGCCCACGCUCCGCUUGCCAGAUGUGGUGGGCCACUCCGCCGUCAGCCAGCAGCGGAGCUGCGGCCGCCAGCCCGCCCGGCCUGCUAGUCUACGGAGGGUACAGCAAGAUGAGAGUGAAGCGUGAUGUGGACAAAGGCGUGGUGCACACAGACAUGUUCCUGUUGAGCCCUGACUACAAGCAAGGCUCGUGGCGCUGGUCCCGCGUGAGCACCGUCGGCGCCCGCCCCAGCGCCCGCUCCGGCUUCACGGUGGCGCCGGGCGGCCCUGGCGGGCGGGCGCUGCUGUUUGGCGGCGUGAGGGACGACCAGGAGGGCGGUGACGAGCGGCUAGAGGGGGAGUUCCACGCGGACCUCCAUGCCUACGACCACGCACGGCGGCGCUGGAGCCGCGUGCGCUUGGCGGGGCGCGGCGGCGGCGGUGGUGCCCGGCGCCAGCGGAGACGGAAAGGCGGUGCGGACGCCGGGCGGGACGGUGAGAGAGAUGAUGAAGAGGAGCGUGGCGACGACGACGACGAGGAUGAUGAUGAUGAUGAUGAGGAGGAGGUUCGCGAGGAGGUGGUGGAGGUGGUGUGCAGCGACGGGACCAUCACCACGGUGCGGCAGACAGUGGGGGGCAGCUCGCGACCCCGCGACCCCUCCCAGCAGCCCCACGGCAGCGACGAUGGCGGCGGCGGCGACGACGACGAUGAGGAGGGGGGGGGCGGCAGCAGCGAAGGAUGUGAUGGUGAGUGGCCAUGCCCCCGCAUGAACGCCAUGCUGGUGGUGCGCCAGGCGGUGCUGUUCCUGCUGGGUGGAGCCUACGAAACGGGAUCCCGGCAGGUGACCCUGGGAGACAUGCACAGCCUGGAUCUCCACUCGCUCACCACGUGGAAAACACUCACCCACAUGGACCCUGAUGCCCAGGAAUGGCUGGGUGAAUGUUCAUCCUCUGACGACGACGACGAGGAGGAGGAGGAUGAAGAGGAGGAGGAUGAAGAGGAGGAUGAUGAGGAGAGCACCGGGGAAUCCAGCGACGAGGGGGCUGAGGAGGGGGCUGAGGAGGGGGCUGAGGAGGGUGCAGGAGCGCGUCCGUGCGUGCACGCCGCCGGUGAGGAGGCUGCGGCCUACGCCGCCCGCACCGCCGGCUACUGGCGGCGCUGCGCCCGCCGCCACAUGGGGGACGCCGCCCGCGAAUCGAAGGUGGCACGCGUGGCACACGCCAUGGCGCUCGCCUUCCACGCCACCGCCACCGGUGCCGCCGCCACCGCCGGCACCGCUGCCACCACCGCCACGUGGCGCCAGUGA